AUGCACACAUCCCCAGUGCUGAUCUCUGCAGCCACCAUGAGCAACAUGACAGUGCUUGACACUGCUGACCCGUAUGACCUUGACAUGACCUCCUCUGAGGCCAUCUACCCCAUCAGCUUUCAGGUUUCUCUGACAGGCUUCCUGCUUUUGGAGAUAGUUUUGGGUUUGAGCUCCAACCUCACUGUGCUGGUCCUCUACUGUAUGAAGCAGAACCUCAUCAGCUCCGUCUCCAACAUCAUCACCAUGAACCUGCAUGUCGUGGACGUGUUGGUGUGUGUUUGCUGCAUCCCACUGACAGCUGUGGUUGUGCUACUGCCGUUGGAGGCGGACACAGCUAUGAUCUGCUGUUUCCACGAGGCUUGUGUCUCGUUUGCAAGUGUAGCUACUGCAGCUAACGUCCUGGCCAUCACUGUGGACCGCUACGACAUCUCAGUAAGGCCGGCCAACCGGGUGCUCACCAUGGGCCGGGCCGUGGCUCUGCUGGGAUCCAUUUGGGCUUUAUCCUUUUGCAGUUUCCUGGUUCCAUUCAUGGAAGUAGGUUUCUUCAUCAGUUCUGGUUCGGAUCUCGUGAACCAGACUGCAGUAAUAACAGUGGCUCAUACAAAUGAGUACUACACGGAGCUGGGUUUGUACUAUCACCUGCUGGCACAGAUUCCUAUAUUUUUUUUCACGGCUGUGGUAAUGCUGGUGACUUACUACAAGAUUCUUCAGGCGCUCAACAUACGCAUUGGAACACGCUUUCAGCACAACUUGCCUAAAAAGAAGCAAAAGAGCAAAAACACCAUCUCCCUGAGCACUGCAACACAAGCAGAGUCAACCGACGCGUCACAGAGCAGCACGGGAGUGAGGGCAGGCGGAAAUGCGACUUUGGGCAUGAGGGCAUCGGUGUCCGUCAUUAUCGCCCUCAGACGAGCGAUGAAGCGUCAUCGGGAGAGACGGGAGAGACAGAAACGAGUUUUCAGGAUGUCUCUUCUCAUCAUUUCCACGUUCCUACUUUGCUGGACUCCAAUCACGGUGCUCAACACCAUCAUCCUCAGCACUGGGCCCAGUGACUUGACUGUGCGCCUCCGUCUGGGCUUCCUGGUGAUGGCCUAUGGAACCACCAUCUUUCACCCGCUCCUUUACGCUUUCACUCGGCAGAAGUUUCAAAAGGUUUUGAAGAGCAAGAUGAAGAAGAGGGUGGUGUCUGUAGUUGAAGCUGACCCUACACCAAACAAUGUAGUCAUUCAUAAUUCAUGGAUUGACCCCAGGAGGAAUAAGAAGGUCACUUUCGAGGACACGGAAGCCAGGCAGAAAUGUCUAUGUUCACAGGAUGCAGAGUGA